AUGGAAGUUGCCGUGUCGGCCACUGUCCAGAACGGAGACAAGAACCUCGGCGUGCACGUCGUAUUAGGUCUUCUUGAAGAUGUCAAUGUCAGCAUUGGUGUUGGCCACGACCGCAGGGUAGAUGUGGUAGUUCUUGGUGUCCAGGCCUUCGUGGGCUUGUGCCGCAGCAGCCGCCUAGGCCUCGGCCUCAACGGCGACACCAGCUGA